AGUGUUUGCUAGCCUGAAUUUUCAUUUGUUGAAGGAUUCGCUGAACAACUAGGUACGAAAUAUGGACGUAAAUCUUAAAAUUGAACCUUCAGAACACCCAAAACUUAGUGAUAACGAUACGACGCCGCUACGCGAAGAACCUGCAACUUCGCCAAAGAUAUUCGUCUCAAAUGCAACAAGCACCGGCACCGAUGCAGGCUGGGAAAGUGAUGAUGCAGAGGAAAACGUUGUCAUUCCCAAGCGAGAUCCGGAUGAUAACUAUUUUGAUGACUUGGUAGCUCCAAGACAAAAAGAUGUUAAGGAUGAAAAUCCCCCGAAAUUAGAAGAUGCGAACAUUGACUGGGAUGGAUUUGACAAGGAUUGGGACGUCAUACCAAAUGGUUUUACAAAGCGAGAGCAUCUUGAUGAUAUGGACUUGGGUAAUGGCCCUGAGACACAACAAGCAGGAGAAGCAUCGCCCGAGCUACAAGCUCUACUCGAUCAAGAGGCUCUGUUGAAAAAAUUAACCGAACAAGCCGGAGAAGAAGAGGCAUCAACAUCAUCUCACUCCAAAAAACGAAAGAAGCAUAAGAAAAAUAAAAGUCGGCAUCAUGAAGAACGAGAGAGAAUACGGAGUCCUGGUCCAUCGAGAGAUAACAAUGAAGACAAAAGAGUCAGGCGACAUAGCCCCAGUCCGGAUCGUGAAUCCCGGCGCAGUGUACUUAAUAGAAGUCCCCGUAGGCGUAGUCCCAGUCUGCCUAGAGAAGACGAAUACAGACGUGAGGAAAGAUCACUUUCUGGAUCGAGAGCUGGAAUCUCGAAUAAUAACGAAGGCGAAAGAACUUACAAAAGAAGACGCAGUUCGGAUGCACAGCGCGACGAUUUCAAUGGAUCCAAACGUAGUCGAGAUUCUUCAACAUUGUCCUAUAGUAAAAACCAUUCCAAGAAAUGUGAACCAGAAUCGAAAAAGGAUUUCGAGGAGCUUAAAUUACGUGAUGAUGAGAAGGGUCGAUUGGUACGAUUGGUCGAUCCUUCCAAGCUAAUACAGGCAGCACCUGAACCUCAACCACCCAAAUUGACUGCCAGAGAGAAACAACGAGCUAACGUUGAACGAACCAGAUUGACGGUAGUCCAAAUGGAAUUAGAAUCAUCGAAGGCGCCCAAAGAGGAGUUUCUUAUGGUCGAUACCAUUUCAAAAAUGCCGAUUAGUUUGUCCUUCAUGACCCAGGACAUUUUCGAGAACCCGUCACCCUUGCAAAAUAAUUUCAAUGUUUCUUACAACUUCAAUUCCAUAAGUGGUACAUAUAUUAACAUAUCCAAAUGGGGGCUCGAGGCAUUGCCAAAGGAUACUGUCAAGAUACUUAAUAUCUUGGGCAUUAAUUCGGAUUCAUUGAAAAAAAUAGAAGCAAAUACCGUGACUCCACAGCGAAUCCUCAAGUUACGCAAACUAGCCGCCGAAAAUGGUGAACUGGACGUUAAGCUGGAGGAUUUGAUGUCUUCGGGAACCGGUCUAUAUAGAACCAUGGGCACCCAAACAAUUAAACAACCAUCGAAUAACACUAAAGACAUGGGCACUCAAACUAAACCCAUGAAAGAAAAUGCUGAAAAUUAUGCCAUUUGGCAGGAUCCUAAAUUUGAUAUUAUUAAUCUAACACAGACACAAACAAACGUAAUGUUUGCCUUAAAGGAGCUAUCCGAAUGUAUGCCCAGUCAGUUGUGGGCCGAACAAUUGUAUAAACCCUUGAAAAAUGCCUUAUUUAUUAAACGAAACGCCAUAAAAGAUCCUCGAUUAACUAGAAACUCAUACAAUUAAAAUGAAAAUCUGACCUGAUUACCAAAUACGAAUUUAAUACAAAAGAGCUAAAGCCAAACAGAGGAAUUGCCAAAGUGCCUAAUCGGUUGAAAUCAAACUAGAAAAUAAGAUUUCCGAAAUUGUAAGAAAGAAAUAUUAAUAAUUUCUUUCAUUAUUUUUUGCCAUUAUUAUACUGUCAAACAUCUCAAAUAUAAAUAUAAUUAUAUGAGCUUCCUCUGCUAAUAUAAUUUGUAAUUGUGCCAAAGUUA